UUCCCACUUCUAAAGGGCAGCCAUAUUUACCAGACUACUCGAAUUAAACAUAUUGCUACUAGUAAGGCUUACUAAAUAUUAGUGAUCCCUUUGGAUUUAGAAAAAUAUCAACAUUUCACAUCCAUUGUAAGUUCAUACUGCUGCAACAAUACAAUAAUUCAAACAUGGCUGAACAUCAGCAGCAAUCAGUGGAAGAUUCAAAUAAAUGUUCUAUUUGCCUAGAAAUUUGUCAAGAACUAAAAACAUUAAAUUGCCAACAUGGCUUCUGCCUUCCUUGUCUUCAAAAUUGGAUAAUGGAAAAUGAUGAACUGGAAUGUCCAAACUGCCACCUAUUGCAUCUUUUUCCUGAGGGUGAACUUCAAGCAUUACCGUCUAAUACAAUUGCAGUGGAAACAUCAGAAAAUAUUGAUGAAAGUCAUGGUACCAUUGAGUGUUGUUGUGGUAAAUGCAAUGCAGACUUCUACUGUAAGGAUUGCAGUCAGUAUUUGUGUACUUCUUGCAAAAUUACUCACGAAUUAUUUCCUGCACUCAAGAACCAUACACUACAGUCAAUCAAUGCUACGCUACUAUCCACUGAAGCACUGCUCCAGCCAAUGUGUCCACAGCAUGAGAAAGAGUUGGAAUUUUAUUGCAAAAUUUGUAAAACUCCAAUUUGUCAAAAGUGUGCUAAUACAGAGCACAGUGAAGAUGAUAAACAGCAUGAGCCAAUCAGAGCUUCUGAUGCAAUUAAUGACCUCAAAGUAAAAGCAAAUGCUUUGAUGGUUCAGGCUGAUGUCCACAAACAACAGGCACAAGUAGAAAUACAAAAAUGUAUUAAAACUACUUCAGAGCUGGACAAGAUUAGUAACAAUAUUUUGAAAGACAUCAAUAACACUGUAGAGGAAAUCAUGAAAUUUGUCCAAGAAACAGUAACAACAUUAGAAGAGAAGUUGAAAGAUGUCUGUACGGCAAAAAAAGAGAAAAUUAAUUCUCAAAUUGAUGAACUCAAAUCAACUAUAUCAGAUGUUGAAGAAAAACAAGACAGCAUUGCAAAUUUAUUGAAAAGUGGUGAAGUAACAUCCCUCCAAACAUGUGAGCAGGAAAUUAUAGACCUGCAAGAAAAGAUUGAUGAUGUCUUUCCAGAGACAGAACCUAGAGGUGAGGGGAAGAUCUACUUCUCUUCAACAAAAGACAGCAUACUAAGUUUUUUAAGUAAAUAUGGAAUAGGUAGUGUUAGUGAAAAGCCAAUUUUUGAAAUUAUAUCUGAAAAUCGAGUGAAAGUGACAUGUUGCCAAACAUUUCGUAUUGAAAUAGCUCAAAGUAUUAAUUGUGAAGUAGAUAUCAAAGACCUGACACUGACAGGGACAAAAGAAACAAAUGCGUAUACAAUGCAACCUGUACGUUUGGGCAUGCCGACCGCUUACAUUUAUCAGGCAACAGAAAACUUACCCCGCAACAAAACCUAUCUCACUCCCAGAAUUAUUAGAGAUAAAGAAAAAUAUUUUGUGGAAGGAUCUUCUGAAAAAGAUUUGACAAUAGAUGUCAAGUUUCGUAAUUCUUCCAUUAAAGGAUCUCCAAUCCAAAUAACUGUUGAAAAAUCCAAAUUAGUAAGAAAUGUUGGUCUAUGGAUUAUGGAUUACAGAACAAUCAGUGAUUUAGUGAUGUCUGAAAAUGGUUGGUUUGUAGCUGUUUGUGACACACAUGAGAUAUUUAUGUUUGAAAAGUCAGGAGCAUGUAUCAGUACAGUAACAUUAUCAAACACAUCAAAAGUUAACAAAGUAUGUAAAUUGAAAAACAACAACCUGAUAUUUUGUGACCAAGGUAUUAGAAACAUAACAAUUGUUCAACAAAAUGGUGAAAUUGUCAAAUCAAUAUCAACUGGUCUUACAAGCGAGAGUCUUCUAACUGGUAUUGAUGUGAAUGAAGACUUAAACUUGGUGUAUGUUGCUGAUCAAAAUCUAAAUUGUGUGCAGGUAUACAACAUGGAGAGUAAUCUUAAGAUAAAGACCAUUGGGUGUAGUAUGGGUGGUCUAGGAGGGCAAAUGAAAAGGCCUUCUGACAUUGCCGUAACAAAAGAAGGGAAUCUUAUUGUCGCUGACACUCACAAUCACAGAGUGCAAUUAUUUGGUUCUGAUGGUCAAUUUAUUAAAGUUCUUAUUGGAGGAGGGGAUAAAGAUGGUAUGGUGAUAAAGCCCUCUAGGGUAGGUGUUGAUUACGAUGAAAACAUUAUUGUAGGAAGUGAGGGAAAGGUACAGUUAUUUGAUAAUUGUGGCAAGUUCAUUAGAGUGAUUCAUCAAAAUGAGAGAAAGCAUUUUGCAUUUUCAAUCAUCUCUCAGUAUCCUCGAAGACUUGCAUUAUCAGAACUAAAUUCAAAGGAGAUCAGUGUAAUUAAUUAUUGAAAAAUAAAUCCAAAAUACAGUAGUAUGAAUCAUCAUAAAAUUCUAUCAUGUGAUAAUAUACAGUUAAUGUUUCCAUAUUUUAUCCUGUACUAUAGUUUAUCAUUCCACAGUGAAACAAAAUGUUAUGUUGUGUACAAUAAUAUAAUAAUAAUAACAACUUUAUUUUAUAACGGUCAAAAAACUCGUUCACCCAAGUGGGUGUUCUUCCACGAGGCCGUAUGGACAUUAAACAAAAUAAUUGUGUUAGAUUAAAAUAAUUAAGUGUUAGUACAAAGAAAAAACAAAUAUAUAUAAUACAUAAUAAUGGUUAUUACAUUACUAUGUUUCUUUUAAAAAGUUCUAGUGUGCUUGAAUUUUUUAUAUUGCUGUCUAAAUUAUUCCACAAAAGAGCCCCCCCGGUAACAUAGACUUCUUUUUUUAUAUUCUGUUCUUGGCUUGGGUACGUUAAGGUUGUCAUUUGACCUAGUGUUGUAUUUACUUUCUCUUUGAAUAAAUCUAUUUUUUAAAUAAUUAGG